AUGACCGAGUCUAGUCAAGACCCCGAAAAGCAGACGGUGGAACUUCAACUGGAAACAAGGCGGGGUCUCCAAUCUUCCACGGAUGGUGUAAAACAGGAUAAAGUCAUAGACAAUAACUAUGCCACCGGAGUGAAGGUGCUUAUGCUCAUAUCGGCUGUCACGCUGAUGACAUUUCUCACUUUGUUAGAUCAGUCAAUUAUUGCGACUGCCAUUCCUCAAAUUACAAGUCAAUUCCAUUCGCUCCCCGACCUGGGAUGGUACGGCAGUGCAUAUCAGUUGGCCUGUGCUUCAUUACAACCCCUAUCUGGAAAACUCUAUGCAUCUUUUCCCUCAAAGUGGAUGUACCUUUCCUGUGUGGCCAUAUUUGAGCUAGGUUCUCUGCUGUGUGGAAUUGCCAACUCUUCCAAGAUGCUCAUUGUUGGACGAGCAGUGGCUGGCAUGGGAGCUUCAGGCUUGAACAACGGAGCUUUGUCUAUUCUGGCAAAUUCUACUCCGCUGGAAAAAAGGCCAAUGCACAUGGGGAUCAUGAUGGGCAUCGCCCAGAUGGGCCUUGUCAUUGGGCCUUUGCUCGGAGGAGCGUUCACAGAACAUGUCACAUGGAGAUUGUGUUUCUACAUAAACCUCCCUAUCGGCGCUGUUGUCGCUGGCUUUCUACUCUUUCUGAACAUCCCCGAGCCGGUAGUCAAAACAUCCCUGCUUUCUGUUCUUGCCACAUUGCCAUCCAAGCUUGACCUCGUUGGAUUUGCGCUCCUGGCACCCUCCGCAAUCCAAUUACUUCUGGCACUGGAGUACGGCGGUAACGAAUAUGCCUGGAACAGCUCCAUGAUCAUCGGACUCUUCUGUGGAGCUGGUGUGACCUUUCUGAUCUUCCUUUACUGGGAAAGCCGCCAGGGUGGCCAAGCAAUGACCCCUCUACCUAUGCUUCGACAGCGGAUUGUCUGGACGAGUUGUGUAAAUCAGACGUCGCUCAUAGGCAUGACACUAUGCACCUCCUAUUUCUUGCCGAUGUACUUCCAAGCUGUGAAGGGAGUAUCACCUACAUUGAGUGGAGUCGACCUCCUGCCCACCGUUCUAAGCCAGCUAGUAGGAACGGUAAUCUGCGGAGCACUGGCUUCUAGUGUAAUCACCGCCAUUGGGAACGGACUCAUCUCGACGUUCACCCCAUCCACCUCGACAGGCAAAUGGAUCGGUUAUCAGAUCCUAAUUGGGACCGGCCGCGGUCUUGGGUUUCAAGUGCCCAUCGUCGCCGUUCAAAACACCCUGUCACCCGCGCAAAUCCCCGUUGCCAUGGCUCUUCUCAUGUUCUGUCAGACUCUCGGUGGUGCUGUGUUCCUAGUGAUCGCCAAUGUGAUCUUCUCCGCCAGUCUUCGAACGGAGAUCCCCUGGUAUGCACCAGGAAUCGAUCCUGAGACGGUCAUUGGAGCCGGGGCUUCUUCUGUGCGAGAUGUAGUAACAUCGACAACGGCAUUAGCAGGGACAUUGACGGCUUAUGCCACAAGUGUGGGCCGUGUGUUCUAUCUUGCGGUGGGACUUUCAGGGAUUGGACUUGCAUCUGCAUGGGGAAUGGGAUGGAAGGAUAUUCGGAAAAAGGGCCAGUAG